GGGGGACGCCGUCAGCCUUCUGCACCCGUCGGCGAUCCUGCUUUUGCUACGACACCCCCCCUUCGCCCCACUUAACUUUCUCUUUUUUUCGGAAAGCAUCUCUCAACUUUUUUGUGGGGGAUGAUUUAAAGACAACGCCGCUUGAGAAUCGUCGCUUCUCGGAAAAGGAAUUGCUUCCUAUAUUGUUAUUAAUAAUCAAGGGGGGGGGAAGAGAAUUUAUUUAUUUUUUUAAAGGGAUUCCGUACAGUUCGGGCUGUUAGGUUUUUUUUGUGUGUGUGGUUUUUUUUCGGGUGGGGGGGAAGGAACCAUCCCCCCCCCCUCCCCGUACUGUGGUCAGUUGCUUCAUCGGAUCUUCAACUGUCUCUGGCACUUCUGCACCGGUGGAAUGGAUCCCGAUCGAUUUCUCCCUUUUUGCCUUCUAAUUUUUGUGGCAGUCCCCGAGAUGAGUUGCGCUCCGGGGCUAACAGAUCUUCCCAAAAGGAUUUCGGUGGCUUUUCUGUAAGUUCUUUGGCGCGACCAGGGGGAGAAAAAAGAAAGAUCUGUCAAGUUUUCUUCUUGGCUGACCGGGAAGGAUCAUCGCUCCUAAAAGAGGAGGGGGGCUGACUUCGCCUUGUCCUACGUGGGGAAGGAAAGAAGAAGAAGAAGAGAGAGAGAGAAAAAACACAACUCCCGAUCUGGAGCUAAGCGAGCGGAUUCCCUCACCGCCCACCCCACCUUCAUGUGAGCCGUGACAUAGCCGCGAUCUCCGGGUUGGGAAAGAGCAGCGGAGCGCCGGGAGGAGUCCGGCCGGUCGGGAUGGGGGAUACGGCGCCCCCUCAAGCCCUGGGUCUCCUCGGAGGAGGAGGAGGAGGCGGCUCGAUGGCGGCGGCGGCGGCGGCCCCGCGGGUUCACAGCGCGAUCGUGGAGAGGCUCCGGGCGCGCAUCGCCGUUUGCCGCCAGCACCACUUGACCUGCGAGGGUCGCUACGAGCGGGGCCGGGCCGAGAGCUCGGAUCGGGAGCGAGAGAACACCUUGCAGCUUCUCAACCUCGUGCAGCACGGCCAGGCGGCUCGCAAGGGAAGCAAGCACGGCAAAGCGGCGGCCGGAGGCAACGGCUCGGCCGCGCCUUCUGCUAACGCCGCAGCGCCCCCGGCGACCGACUAUUAUCCCCCGCAGCUGAUCAGCAACGGGAGCGCUGGUGGCAGGAGUGGGAUCAACGGGGAGCAGGCGAGUGCAGCCGCCGGAGGCGAGCCCAGGAAUCCGGCCCUGAUUGCGCUCCAGGGUUCCUUGAAGAGAAAACUGGUGGUAAAUCUGACACCAGGCAAUAACAAGAGAUCGAAUGGCAUUGCUGACAACACUUUCCUGGAUAUUAAGAGAAUCCGAGGUGGUGAUAAUAACCUUUCCAUGGGACGUGGCCAGUGUGGUAACAGUUGCCCAAACCAGUCAGUGUUGGGAUCGUUCUCAGUUGGUCAAGGUGCUCCAAGGAAAAUGGACAACUCAACCAGCAACAGUCAUGCUGGGGCAAACGGGAUGUUUAACAUGACUCUAAAAGAGGUCAAGAAGGAACCCGGGGAGACAAUCUCUUGUAGUAAACAUCUGGAUGGUCAGACAUCCCACAACAGUGCUUAUCCUAACAGAUAUGGGGAAGAAACAGGGGAACAGCUGAUGGACCCAGAACUUCAGGAGCUAUUCAAUGAACUGAGUAAUAUUUCUGUGCCCCCCAUGAGUGACCUUGAAUUAGAAAACAUGAUAAAUGCCACCAUCAAGCAAGACGAACCGUUCAACAUCGACAUUGGUCAGCAGAUCCAGAGAGGGGCCCCUGCCCAAUCAUCUUCCCUGCAGAUGGACAAAAUGGUGAUCAAACAAGAGUAUUCACCGGGGUUGAGCCAAGUUUCGGUGGGAUCCCCUCAAAUGAGGCCUCCUUCGACAGACUCGUCUUUCACCAUGCCUGGUGCUGCUAUGUCCACCUCAUCUCCCAUUCCUUCAGUACCUCAGACUCAGACGCCUCCUUCUCAAGGGACAUCAGUCCCCACCCGGCCACUGGGCAAUUGGCAAGAGGUUUCUCAUGCCCAACAAUUAAAGCAAAUAGCAGCAAACAGGCAACAGCACGCUCUGAUUCAGCAGUGCCAACAAAAUCAAUCAGCCACUUCCUGGCCUGGUUUGUCAUCUACAGAACCAUCUUCUGGAUCCUUUGUGCAGGAGAAGAUGUCUAGCCCAUCCUUCCACCAGCAGCAACAGUUCAGCCCGCAAAGUUCUGCAAUGUCUGGAAUGCCAGUCAAUGGGACUCAAUCCAAAGGCAUGAACAGUUACUCCUACCGGCCAAACUCUAUGCCCCAAGGAAGUUCUGUCAACAUGGUAAUGCCCCGAAAGCCUCAAGACAUCCCCAGAAAUUAUGUCAGCAACAAUCAGGUGUCACUGGAGGAAUCUCAGAACAGUAUCAAGCCUUUGUUUCAUUUCAACUCGGAACAAGCCAGCAAGCAGAUCUCUUCUGGUUUGGGAGCCCCCAAUAAACCUUCCCUUCUCCACUAUGCACAGCAGUCCCCGCAACAGUUGUCUAGCUCAGCGGUUCAACCACAAACUUCGCAGCAGCAGCAGCAGCAGCAGCAGCAGCCAUAUUCGGCCCAACCUCAGCACCUCCAAAGGCCCCCCAACGUACCCUUAGCUUUGCAGCAAAAGAUCAUGCUCCAGAAAAUGCUACAAAAUCAACCGGGUUCAGCACUGCAGUUCCUGGGCCCACAGAAUCAGAUGAAUCAACAUACCGUCUUGAGUCAAAGUGGAGGCGCGAACCCAGCAUCUGCCUCGUGCACAAAUGCAAACACUGGAACCAACUACAUCAACUCAUCGCCACAAGCAUUGCUGAAUCAGCAGCUGAAACAACAGUUCCUCCUUCAGCAGCAGCAACAGCAGCAGCAGCAGCAGCAGCAGCAGCAGCAGCAGCAGCAGCAGCACCAAAUGCUAACCGAAGCAGAGAAAGCAACCCCUCAAGAUCAACUGAAUAGACAUCUUACAAGACCACCACCAGAUUAUAAGGACCAAAGAAGGGGACAAGUCAACGUGCAGCAAACACACCAGUAUUCUGGUGGAUCGCCGUCCGUGAGCAUCAACUCCAACCUAUGUUUCUCCAAUCCCAUUUCCACUCCUAACAUUUUGCCACAACAAUCAAAUCUCUUGUCCACGACUCACGGCGCCAGAAUGCCUUCUCUUCCAGCAGGCCACCACGUCAGCUGCUAUGGGAACAUUCCCUGCAGUCAAUCCAAUGCGUAUAACGUGGCACCGUCCGGAGUGAGCCAGGUUGCACAGCAUAGAAAUCUAAACCCAAUCGUAACCGCUCAAAACAACUCCACAGUGUCUCGGCCAGCACCAGCCGGGCAAGGCAAUAACAUGCCGACCUUUGACAACGGCUUAGGAGUUAACUCCCAGCAAGGGAAGCUCAGCUUGAACCAGGGGACUUCAGCACAAAGGCCUUCAAACGUGAUGGUCAGUUCAAACGCUGCCACUCAGAGCUGGGUUUCUUCAGAAGCAGGCUCGAAGCAACAGGAAACACAGAGGGCUUCAGGAUCCUCGUUCUCAUCUGGAAGCUCCUAUACAAAUCAGCCACUACAGCGCACAAGUGCCCUUCAGCAGUUCCCUCAGAGGGCCAUGGUGCCUCCUAAUCAACUGAGCGUCCUCCAGAUGAGAAACCCUACGAGCCAAAUGAACCAAAGCCUAAAUGGGCCAGUGAGUGGGCCACCCAAACCCCAGAGCGCAAUGCCUACUCAGUUGCAGGCAGAGGUUGUGGCCCACUUAAAUCCACCCAGGUUGGGGAUGACACAACCCCACCCCUUGUCAUCAAAUCAGUUCUCAUCGAGCGCUACCCAAAUGUCCACCAGGGCUUUUCAAGGAACAGAUCCCUCCAAUGAUCUGGCAUUUGAUUUUCUGAACCAGCAAGGGGAUAACAUUGGGCCCGCACUCAAUAGCGACCCAGACUUCAUUGAUUCUUUGUUGAAAACAGAACCUAGUAAUGAUGAUUGGAUGAAAGACAUCAACCUUGAUGAGAUAUUAGGAGGCCAUUCCUGAGGCAGCUAACAGUGAUGAACUCCUGGUGUUUUGUUUUUUUAAGAGUGAAAAGUCAGGAUGUCGGUCUUCAGUUUGUAGAAGACAAAAGUUAGGGGGAGGGGAAAGCAAAACAGUGGGUUGCUGGAUCCAACCUUAAAAAUAUAUCAAUGCAACCAUGCUUAAACAUCACUUGUCCCAUUAUCAAGUAUGCUAAAGAUGGUGAAGUCCGGAUCUGUAGGGGAUAAAGUUCUGAAUGAUGAAGGAACUCAGAGAAAUGGCUGUUCAUCAUCUAAACAAAUCCUAAAUAUGUAAGCUAAUAUUUGCAUCUAUUACACAAAGGAGAGACCCAGGAAUAUGCACUGCAUCAAAAAUGUACUGCUCACAUCCACUAACGAUUCUCAUGUGUAGCCGUGUGUAUGUGUGUACGAAUAGAAAUCUGGCUGGGAAAAAUAAGCAGAAAACGAAAAAGACAACACCCAACAAAGCUUAGCAAAAAGUCUUCCCUAACAUUGAAGAUUGUAAUAGGUUUUAUUAGAAUCUCUAUCACUUUCGUUCAGUGACAAUGAAACAUUGCAUUGUGAGAAUUGUCAUUCAGAACCAUCUGGAGAGCAUCAGAUUUAUGAGAGACUCUGUGUGCCAUGAACGAUAAGUUUAUUGAUAGAACCCAUAUAUAUGCAUAUCAAACAUCCCAGGUUUCAUAACUAUUUAGUGUGGGAUGAAAAAGAGCGAUCCCACAAUUCAGAAGGUCCAUGGCACACAUGGCAACUUCCUAAAUCUCUAGAGUUCCUAAUACUACUUAAAACAGCAAUUUUCUGCCCACUUUCCUGGAAAUAAAUCUACAUAAUUAGGUGGGAUAAUUCAGAUAGUUUGCCCCGUAAGUGGCUUCUUACCCACUUUCUUCCUAAUACCCCUUCUUCAGGAGUGAAAUGCUCCCGGUUCGGAUCGGAUCGCCUGAUCCAGUAGCGAUGGUGGUGGGUGGUUCAGAGAACCGUUAGCAAAAAUCCCUGCCCCUCCCUCAUGCCCAGCUGAGCCAUGCAAUCGUCAGAGCUUUUUUAAAAUUAUUUUUAAAAGCAUGUUUUCUUCGGCCAAAAAAAUGCUUUUAAAAGUUAAAAAAAAGCCUCUGAUGAUCACGUGGCUCAGUUGGGAUCAUCAGAGGCUUUUAAAAGCAUUUUUAAUAACCUCUUCGGCCGAAGAGGUUGUAAAAAAAUGCUUUUAAAAGGCUCCUCUGAUGAUCCCAGCUGAGUUGCCUGAUCGUCAGAGGCUUUUUUUUUUCUUUUAAAGGCAAAAAAAAUGCUUUUAAAAGAAACGAAAAGCCUCUAACGAUCAGGCAACUCUGCUGGGAUCGUCAGAGAAGCCUUUUAAAAGCAUUUUUUCUACAACCUCUUCGGUCGAAGAGAUUGUAAAAAAAAAUGCUUUUAAGAGUAAAAAAAAAAGUUGGCCACACCCACCCAGUAACAUUACCCCACCACCACCAAGCCACAUCCACAGAACCGGUAGUAACAAAUUUUACAUUCCACCACUUCCCUCCUUAUGGGCGAAUCUGCAGAGUAUGGAGUAUACCAAGAGAAUGAUAAACUUUCUAAUUCAAGAUUUGUCUUGAAGUUUCAAAUAGAAAUAACCAGCUUGGCCAGCCUGUUACAGUUUCAUAAGCUUCCUUCUCCUCUCUAUGGCUUUCACAUCUCCUAGUGGGUUUUUUUUUCCCCUUCCCUUCUCUAUAUCCCUUUAAUUAGAUAUUGGAGACAGGAUUGAAUUUUGGAUGCUAAUGGAGUCCUCUUUGUCCCAGAAUGCAGAUUAUUAUGAAGAUGAUUCAGUUCUAUCUUACACGUCAGUAACAUAUUAUGAAUAAGAAUGAGGACCCGUGAGGCAGGGAUCCCUGCAAGCAUCACACAUAUAGGCUCAAAGGAUAUCUAAUGGUAGUUCCGUCAACCAUGAUGGUUUAAUUAUUGUUCCUGUUCGUUCAUAAACACAAUAUUAAGUGAGGUCUGAGUUCUUCCCUUGGAUUUUCACGACGGUGGCAAGCAGGGAUAAUACAUUCUAGAAUGGAAGGCGGUGCUUUACUUGUCAUUGACAAUGAGCUGUAGUGGCGCAGUGGUUAGAGUGCAGUACUGCAGGCUACUUCUGCUGACUGCCGGCUGCCUGAAAUUUGGCAGUUCGAAUCUCACCAGGCUCAAGGUUGACUCAGCCUUCCAUCCUUCCGAGGUGGGUAAAAUGAGGACCCAGAUUGUUUGGGGGGCAAUAGGCUGACUCUUUAAACCGCUAAGAGAGGGCUGUAAAGCACUGUGAAGUGGUAUAUAAGUCUAAAUGCUGUUGCUAUCUUGGAUUCUCUACGUUGCCCUGUACAUAAUUCACUCAGGACACUGUCGGGAAUCUACAGGCGUCCCGAUCUUGUACUCUCCAGGUGGAUUGAGUCUUCUACAACACUUUCUAGCCAACAUAUUUGCAACGGACAAUUUUGCAAAUUGACAUCUAAUACAUCUGAAGCAUACCACUGUGGGAAAACUGAAGUAAUGAGCAGCUUGCAGUUCGGAUGAGGUUGGUCACCUAAGGAUUUCAGAUGCUGUUCCUGGCCGUUGGAUCUAUACAAUCUUACAAUUCCCGAUUACCUGCAGUUCCAUAAACCAAAGUUGUAAAAGAGACAUAUCGUUGUGCAACCUCUGUUUAUUUUAAAAUUCCAGGCCUUUGAACACUUAGCCCUAGGUUGCCCCUUUGUGACCCAACGCUGAAAAAAAGCUGGGAAUAUUUUGAUUUUAAAACAAGAGAAAAAAAAAUCCCGCGUCUUGUUAUCACCAUGUAUCUUCGUUUUACCAUUACAGCUAAAUGCACUACUCUUUAUCUUUUGCAUUAUUGGAUCAGGAGUUCUUUUCAAUAUUGGUCUGUAAAUAUAGAGAAAAGUUUUUGUAAACUUUUGUACAAAAAUGUAAUAUUUUGGUAGGAAUACUAAAAUCAUAUUCUUUGGGUUAUAUUUAUACACGUGGAAUAAAAAUGUACUGUCCAAACUUUGUAUUUUAUACUGCAAAGGAGAUAAAAAGAAAUUCCUUUCGUAUUUGAAUAUACAAUGUAUGGGGCAAGGGGAAUUGUAUGAUAACGAUUAAAUUUUUCCAUCCUGAGAUUUAUGCAGCAGCUUAUAUAAGAGGAGACCGGAAGAGAAGUUUGAAUAAAAUUAUUGCGGAUCCUAAAUUGAUGG